AUGGAACAAUUGAGGUUACCGGCACCAUUGUCCUUUGAAGGUGACAUUGUUGAAAAUUUUAGAAAAUUCAAACAAAGCUUCGAAAUAUAUCUCAUUGCGAGUGGUAAAAAUGAAAAAGCAAGUGAAUUUAAAGUAGCGUUGUUAUUGAAUUUAAUGGGAGAAGAAGGACUAGAGGUAUAUAAUGCCCUUGAUUUGACAGCCGAACAGAAGAAAUCAUAUGAUACUGUAUUAGAAGAGUUACAAAGAUUCAUGAGCCCAAAAACAAAUGAAGUGUAUGAACGUUUUGUGUUUUAUAAACGGAAACAGGAAGAAGGUGAAUCAUUCGAUCACUUUUUGACAGACUUAAAAAAGUUAGUGAAGACGUGUAACUAUGUAGGUGAUACUGAUUCGAUGGUACGCUACAGAAUCGUUUUGGGUAUUCGAAAUCCAGCCUUACAAGAAAAAUUGUUACACAUAGACAAUUUAGAUUUAAAAAAAACAGUGGAAAUAUGUAAAGCUAGCGAAGCAACCGAAAUAAGAUUUAGAAAUGUUCAAGAAAGAAGUGAUAAAGUUGAAGUCGUAAAAAGAAGAAUACAUUACAGGAAAACAGAAAACCAAGAUGGAAAAAAGGAAAAUAAAAAUGAGUUUAAUUGUAAAAGAUGCGGACUAAAACAUAAGUUCAAGGAAUGUCCUGCAUAUGGAAGAAAAUGUAAACUUUGUGAUAAAUAUGGACAUUACGCUAAGAUGUGCAACAAAAAUCAAAACUUGAAAAAAGUAAAAGACAUAAAAGAAGAUAGGGAAGAUGAUUCUAAUUCAGAAAAUGAUGAAGACCAAGCCUAUGUGUCAUCGAUUUUGGUUCACGAGGUUAAUCAUAGAAGCGAAUGGACCGAGGUACUUUAUGUAGAAGAUAAAAAGGUGAAAUUUAAGAUUGAUACAGGUAGUCAAGUAAAUAUAAUAUCACUUGAAGUAAUAAAUGAUUUAGGUAAGCAAACAGAAAUUGUAAAUACUAAAACAAUUUUAGAAACCUAUGUUGGAUUCAAAAUAAAACCAGUUAGUACUGUAAGAAUUGAUUGUGUAUGGAAAAAUAAAAAUUAUAGAUUAUCAUUUAUUGUAGUUAAAGAAGCUUUAAUGCCAAUAUUAGGUUUAGAUGCUUGUUUGGAUUUAAGUAUUAUGAAAAAUGUGUCAAAUGUUAUUGAGAUUAAAACAGCAGAACAAUUUGUGUCAAAAAAUAUUGAUGUAUUUACAGGAUUAGGUCAAUUUAAAAAAGAAUGUAAAUUAAAACUAAAACAAAAUGUAAUACCUAUUGUAAAACCUCCUAGACGUGUACCGUUAAGUAUAAAACCAAAAUUGAAAAAACAUCUUGAUAGUUUAGUAAGUCGGGGAAUUAUAUCAAAAUUUAACGAGCCAGUCGAAUGGUUAAGUAAUUUAGUAAUUGUAGAAAAAACAGAUGGUAGUUUGAGAUUGUGUUUGGACCCUAAACAUUUGAACAUUUUGAACGAUGCCUUAGAAUUUAGAAAGACAAUUUUGUGA